AAACGAUGCAGAGAAACGGAGCACAUGGCGUGGGAUUCGUCUACUGCUACGACGGCCUGUACAGUCUGCUCUUUUAUUGGGGCGUCAUAACAUUCCGGCUGCACAAUCUCGGUGAUGCCGGAUCCAAGUCAACACCACUAAGGAUUGACUAUGCGUUGGGAAUGCGCUUUGGUUUAAUCCUCGGCUUUGUGGGCGGCGUUUACGUUAAGCUUAGCAAUACUCAAAUGUCAGAGGCCAUGUUUAGUCAUCUGUCGCCGUUGGUUAAGAUGAUAUUCGCCUGGGAGUCUCUGUCCUGUAUUCUCACCUAUAUUCAAUAUUGUGUAACGCUAGAUGGACAUCGCAGGCGACAUAUCAAGCUGUUGACCAGGAUGCAACUGCUGGACUCUCGAGUUUCUGAUCAGUUUCCAAAUGUGCAUUGGCGCUACAACCGGACGCGUUCCAAGUACUGGUAUGGGACCGUUGGGAUUACCAUUAGCUACAACAUUGUCUCACUUGCGCUCAUGUUCGAGACGACACGCUGUAGCUGCGGCUUUGUGUCCACAAUCCUGAUUGCCUGCACUUACUCCUGGAUGUCGAGCAGCCUGGGUGCAAUGGGAUUCGUGCACAUUGGUUUAAUGGAUUAUCUGCGCAUACGCUAUCGUCUGAUCAUCAAGCUGCUCCAGCAAUUCUAUCGAGCAGCCGAGGAAGCCAAGUACUCCGUAGAGCAAGAGCUAGACCAGGAGAAGCUACAUCAGAGUAUUGCCAAGUUGUUUGAAUUCUCCAAGUGCUGUUCCCAGCUGCUAACUGAGAUGAACGCGGUAUGUGGAGCUGUUGCCGCCACAGGAAUCUUCUACGACUUUACCCACAUGACCUGCUUUGUCUAUCUGCUUUGCCAGAAAGUUCUCCGCUCCGAGUCCUUGGACACGCAAUACGCGUUCCUAUCAUUGCAUCUCGUUGUCCACAUCUACAAGGUCAUUAUCACCUGCACCUAUGGGUAUCUAUUGCAGCGGGAGAAACGCAACUGUAUACGUCUGCUCAGUGAGUAUGGCGUCCAUUUUGGCGACCUGAGAUCCAUACAAACUCUGGUCGAAUGCUUUCAGCAUUGGCGGAUGCAUAACAAUCAUGUGGCAACCAUUGGCAGCAGCUUCUCCUGCAACAUAUCUAUGAUCUAUGUGGUAUUUAAUGGAUUGGCUAAUUACGUAAUUGUUCUAGUACAACUUCUGUUUCAACUACAACUUAAAGAUAGACAACAAGACCAUAGUAUUGCAAUGCCCAAGGAUGUCGAACUAAUAAAGCCUAUUGCUCAAAUAACUCAUCAAAAUUUGGCCUUGUAG